AUGAUUAUAUCAUUACUAUUUAUAACAAUUCUUGUUGUAUAUUCACGUCCUAUAAAACCACCACGUUUAGGUGAUGGUUUUAUUCAAAGAGGAAAUCAUUAUGAACAUGGAACUAACAACAAAUUGAAAGGUGAUAAUGGUGAAACCGAAUUACAAUAUUCCGUUGAUAUAAAACCAAAUGUUCAUUCAUUUGAUUUUGAUGAAUCAAUAGAAAGUGUUGAAUGUCAAGGAGAUGAUUUGAUUGUUUCAACAAACAAUAAAUAUAUUGAAACAUGGAGUAAUAAUUCACUUGUUACAGGUUCUAAUGAAAUGUGGAAAAGUUCAUGUACAUUAAAUAGAAGAGUAAAGAAUAUUGAAUUAAUGUAUGAAAAAGAUGGAUUAUAUUAUUAUUUACUUAGAACAGAGAAAGUGUCAUUUAAUGAAUAUUUUAAUGAAGCAAAAUUAAUUUAUAAUCCAAAGAAUAAUGGAGGAUAUAAUAAAGAAAAUAAAAGAAAAGGAUUUAGAAAAGUACAUUUCAAAGAAGAAAGUAAUAUUGAUGCAUCAACAGUUGAAAUAAGUUCAAUUCCAACAGAAGUAGUACAAAGAAGUGAAUAUAUAGAAGUGAAAACAACAGAAAAAACAUUGCCAUUCAAUAUUGAAACACCUGUUGGUGUUAUAAAUGUCGUACAUGAUGAAUAUUAUUGUAUAAGUUAUAGUCUUAUUAAAGGAAGUGAAGAUAUUCAAGGGGAGAUGAUCUUUGAUGUUUAUCCUAAUGAAAAACAAUAACAAAUAUAAAUUUUAUAAAUUCAUUCAUAAAUUUUUUUAAAAACAUAUAUAAACGACAUAAAACAUAUACCGUCAAAGAUAAUAAAUAUUCAGUUGAUGAAUUAUAUACUAAGUGUAUUAAAAUAGACAAAACAUAUAAAGAAAAUAAAAAUUACACAGUUAAAAUGAAGAUGGAAGGAUAUAAAGAAAAAGAAGGACCAAUAUUUUAUUUAAAUGGGAAUACAAAAAUGCAUUUAAAUAUGCACAAGGAGUAA